AUGAGUAGUCUCAUUGCUAACCAUAGUACUAUAUCUGAAUGUAGGAACUAUGUAUCCAUUAUAUCCAAGGAUAACACUAGGCUAGAAAUUUAUGAUUUGGCGUCUAUGAAACUUUAUCGAUCCUACGAUUUAUAUAACAUAGUAAGAAAGUAUCUAUUUGAAGUUUCAAAUAUGAGGAAAAAACUUGACUCAUUGGUCAUUUCGCAAGUCAAAUGGGAAGAAAUACUUGAAAAUCAAAUCAGCUCGAAGUUGGGCUUAGUAAUAAAUAAUUAUUCUUUGCUUGUCAUAUUAGAUAUCAGGUUUGAAUAUACAGAUCCUAUUGUGGUGCAGCAGACUAGGGUAGAAGGAAUCGAAAAUUUCCAAUGGAUUCGCCCCACUUCUGAAUCAGAAGAAAGUGGAGCAUACAUCAACUCCAAGCAGUUUGUUGUGUUUACAAAAGGCUAUCUUGAAAUGAAGCUAUUUUCUGUGGAUUGCACAUCCAUUAUUCUACAACUUUUGAAACCAGCAAUGAAUGAAGUCAUAUUUCGACCUAAGGCACAUAGUAGGAUAUGGUCUAUUGCUGCACAACCUAUCCAUUCCUCGACUCCCAUACUCUAUCAUUUUUAUAAUGAGGGUUCGAGUAGUACUUUGCUAUUUGAAUUUGAAUUGCCACGAGCGUCUAAAUUUAAUUUGAAAUGGUCCAAUUCUGGAAAAUGGAUCAGUUUUUUCAAUGACCAAGAGAACCUCUUUGGUUUCACUAUGAAAAUCUAUAAUUCGCUCGGGGUAUUCCAGAAUUUAUCGAGACAGCAGCUCAUUCCCAAGGGAAAUCCAAUAGUGAGUAUAGACUGGUUUAACGAAGGCAUAUAUGACAAUAGAGAUGAAAGUAAUAGGAUAAUUGAAAUAGGGGCUCUCAAGUACGUUAAUAAAUGGAUUACCGUCCGAGACUGCGACUACAUAUUGAUUGCUAGUGCUGGUGAAUUUGAAGAGAUGGAACUUGUAUUAAUUUCUGGAAUCACUUUCAAAAUCUUGAAACGCUUCAUUACGAAAUUUUCUGAUAUAACAGAUACUUGGAAAGAAUCUAGAGAAGGUAAAAUGGUGAAAUACAGGCGUGUUGCCCAUAAAACCUACAGAAGAAAGCAUGAUAUCGAGGAUAUGAUUGUAUUUAAAUCUUUAGUGUGCCUCAAAUUGUCUGAUUGCAUCUUAGCCUACAGCUUAGGAGCUGAUGAUCAAAAUAAUGUAGGAUUUCAUUUUGAGCUAUCCGUUGAGUUUAAUUCAAAGCUUAAAUCAGUCAGGUUCUAUGGUGAAAACUCGACCAAAUUAUUGAUGACUUGCGACGACCACCUUGCCAUUUAUGAUUUUAAACACCGUUCUUUAGAAAGAGUAUACGAAAGUUCUAGUCCAAUAAGUAACAGUUACAUUGUGUCUGACGAUGAUUCCAUAGCGGUAGAAAAGCAUCUUUCAGAUAGCAAAUCUUACAUCGGAAAGUGGGAAGUGGUUAAUAUUACGAAUUCAAAACCAAAAGGAUUACAUGAUAAGACGAGGCUCUCUAUUGGAGCACCUCGACGAGAGUCUGGCAGCAUGGAACCUAGCAGGCUAAAAAGAAAUCGGUUUGAUGAUAAAAGAAUAAGCUUGGUCGACUCAAGUGGACUUGAUGAAUUUACAGACACUUUCAAACUACGAAAAAGAUUGAAAAGUAAGUAA